ACAAAAACAUAUUUUUUAACGAAGAAGGAAAAAAAUGGAGUUCAAUUUGCUUCAUCCUGUCGAUCAUGAAGGCUAUUUGUUCUCUCAAAACCGGUGUGUUUGGGUUAACGGUCCGGUGAUUGUCGGCGCCGGACCGUCGGGACUGGCGACGGCGGCUUGUUUGAGAGAACAAGGCGUUCCGUUUGUGGUCAUCGAAAGAGCUGAUUGCAUAGCUUCGUUGUGGCAAAAGCGGACUUACGAUAGGCUUAAACUUCAUCUUCCAAAGCAAUUUUGCCAGCUUCCUCGGCUUCCAUUUCCUGAAGAUUACCCAGAAUACCCUUCCAAGAAGCAAUUCAUUCAGUAUCUCGAAAGCUACACACAGAAAUUCGAAAUUAAACCACAGUUUAAUGAGAGCGUUCAAUUGGCUCGCUAUGAUGAAACCAGUGGCCUUUGGCGUGUCAAAACAGAGUCCAUCUCCGGCGAGGUUGAGUACAUUUGCCGCUGGCUUGUGGUCGCUACCGGCGAGAAUGCAGAGUGUGUCACGCCGGAAAUUGAUGGUCUCAACCAAUUUUCCGGCGAGGUUUUGCAUGUUUCCGAUUAUAAAUCCGGCGAAAGGUUUAAAGGGAAGAAAGUUUUAGUUGUGGGUUGUGGGAAUUCCGGUAUGGAAGUUUCUCUGGACCUUUGCAAUCAUGAAGCUUCUCCAUCAAUGGUGGUUCGAAGCUCGGUGCAUGUUCUACCGAGGGAGAUUCUUGGAAAAUCGACUUUCGAAUUGGCUGUUUUGCUGAUGAAAUGGCUUCCACUUUGGCUUGUGGAUAAACUGAUACUGAUUUUGGCUUGGUUUGUGCUUGGAAAUAUAGAAAGAUAUGGGAUAAAGCGGCCAUCAAUGGGGCCAUUGCAGCUCAAGAACACGACAGGAAAAACCCCUGUUUUGGACAUUGGAGCACUAAGCAAAAUCAGAUCCGGAGAUAUUGAGGUUGUUCCAGGGAUCAAAAGAUUCACCGAGAAGCAAGUUGAGUUCAUCAAUGGCGAAACAAUGGACAUCGAUGCAGUUCUUUUGGCAACUGGAUACAGAAGCAAUGUUCCAUUUUGGCUUCAGGAAAAGGAAUUCUUCGCGAAAAACGGGUUCCCAAAGACUGAAUUCCCACAUAGUUGGAAAGGGAAAUCUGGGCUUUAUGCCGUUGGAUUCACGAGGAGAGGGCUGUCUGGAGCAGCCUCAGAUGCCAUUAAAAUUGCUCAAGAUAUCGGCGGUGUUUGGAGACAAGAAAUAAAGCAGAAGAGACGCCCAACUGCUUGCUUGAGAAGAUGCAUUUCUCAAUUCUAAUCCAAACAAAUAUACAAACAAACAAACAAACAAUAAUCUUCAUUCAUUCUUUUGGUGUAAAUUUUAAUGGCACU